AUGCCCUCCGACUCUACGACCGUCGCUGUCUCCGCCCCCGGCAAAGUCCUCUUCGCGGGCGGCUUCCUGGUCCUCGACCGGCAGCACACUGGCCUGGUGUUCGGACUCAACGCGCGCAUCCACGUGCUCAUUGGUCCCUGGCAGACGAAACCUCAGUAUCUCCAGCAGCAGGCAGACCGCGCUCUGGUGUUGGUGCAGUCGCCGCAGUUUCGUGACGCGAGCUGGCUGUACGCAAUUUCGCCUGGUCAGGUGGACGGAGGGGCGGUGGAGGUUACACAGCUACUGGACCAGGAGGGCUACACGCGGACGCCGAAUAAGUUUGUGGAGACGACGUUGAGGUAUGCCUUGACGUAUCUGAGUCACGUGGGUGCAGGGGCGGUGUUUCAGAGGGAUGUGAAAGUUACGAUACUGGCAGACAACGACUACUAUUCCGCGCCAGGAACGGCGAUGACGGACUCGUCUACCUUUACGGAUUUUGGGGUUCGGCUAAGCGAGGCGCACAAGACAGGCCUGGGGAGCUCAGCGGCUUUAACGACGGCAUUGGUAGGGGCGCUGCUGGAGACUUAUGCGGGGAAUGCUACGAGGGAAAGGAAGGAGGUUGUACACAAUCUUGCCCAGGCGGCGCAUUGUGCGGCGCAAGGAAAAGUAGGGAGUGGGUUCGAUGUGGCAGCGGCAGUGUAUGGGAGCUGCCUCUAUCGUCGUUUUACCCCGAUCGUGUUAGAGUCGCUGGGCGAGCCCAACUCGACUGGCUUUGGAGAGCGGUUACAUCGGUGUGUGGAGAACCUGGCGGAGGAGAAGUGGGACGUCGAGAUCCUCGCGGACAGAGUGAAGGUGCCGGAAGGAUUACUGCUUCUUCUGUGCGACGUGGACUGUGGAAGCGAGACUCCAGGAAUGGUGCGAAAGAUGUUGGCAUGGCGAAAAGAGAAGCCAGAGGAAGCAGGAGUGCUGUGGGGGAGUUUGCAGUUGGGCCAGGAGGAGCUGUGCGAGGAGUUGGGAAGGCUGAGUAUCUUACCAGUCGAGGCUGCGGGGAAGGAAAGCUUCGCGAAGCUGAGGGAUACGAUCGAGACGACUCGGAGCCUCGUAAGAGAGAUGAGUGGGAAGAGCGGAGUGCCCGUGGAACCAGAGGUCAUCACGGAACUCUUGGACCAUUGCAGCGGCGUGGAGGGUGUCGUGGGUGGAGUGGCACCCGGAGCGGGAGGUUAUGAUGCUGUCGCACUGCUUGUACGGAACGACACGGAUGUUGUUACGGACUUACAGAAAAGGUUGCAAGGCUGGAAGAGCAAGAGGGGUGGCGCAGAGAUUGGGAAUGUGAGGUUGCUUGGGGUCAAGCAGGAGCGGGAAGGCGUACGGCGGGAGGACGCACAGCGGCGCAGGUACCAGGCCUGGAUUCAAUGCUGA